CAAAAACACUAUAGUAUAUACUAUUUAUUUUACUGCAGUAUUUAUAUAGUAAACUGUAUAUACUACUACUAAUAAUACUAAGCAACAAGGCAUGAGGAGGUUUGGUAUAUGGUUAAUAAACCACGGCUCUGUGCUGUUCUAACGCAUGACACAAUGCGGAGUGCCUGGGCACAUCCCUUAGCCAUGGUAUAUUGGCCAUAUACCACAAACCACAAGGUGCCUUAUUGCUAUUAUAAACUGGCUAACAACGUAAUUAGAGCAGUAAAAAUAAAUGUUUUGUCAUCCACCUGGUAUACGGUCUGAUAUAACACAGCUGUCGGCCAAUCAGCAAUCAGGGCUCAAACCACCCAGUUUAUACUACAGUAUUUUUUCAUGUGGAUCUCCAAAGACAUAUUUGGCAGAAUAUUUUGUGAUUUACCUCAGCCAGAGUAGCUGAGCGUGUUGAUUAUUGAAUCAGUAGGCCUGUUUAUCUCUUGUUUGUGUCCAUACUGUAAUGACAGUAAUGUGGUAAACAAAGAAUGUCAAAUCCCAAACCACCCAACAUCACCAUAGCUCCUUCUUUGAGAGGUGUUCAUUUAUGGUUUGCUGCCAGCACUGUAGGCUACGAUUAAACAUAGUUUCACAGUGGUCCAAAAUUCCUGAAGAAAUAGAGGGGAAUUCUUAAAUAUUUCUGUGAGAGGAACACCCUCUCAUAGCAACAGGGAGGUGGUGUAUUUACUAAAUGAAAGAACACAUGUAUUUUGGUUCAUAGGUUGUGUAAGAUCAUCUCUCCAGGAGUGUUAUUAUAGACCAGGAACAUGUUGUUAUCCCCAAAGACUGUGACUCAGUUGUUCCUUUCUGAUGGUUUUUUCUGAACUCAACAUCUUCCAUGUUGUUCAUCUGAGGCUCCCUCUGUAUGACGUUUUUGUGGAGCUAUGAGCCAGAUUCAUCUCAAUGUUUUCAGCUGUCUUAUGUGCAUAUCUAUCUUGUAGGACAUUCCUUGGCUGCUCUGCCAGCUUGGUUGUGGUUUUGGAAGAACCCUCAGUUCCAGAGGAGGCUGGUGUGAGGAGCUAUAGGAGCACGGGCUCAUUGUAAUGGCUGGAAUGGAUUAAAUGGAACCGUGUCAAAUAUAUGGAAACCACAUGUUUGACUCUGGUACAUUGAUUCCAUCCCAGCCACUACACUGAGCCCGUCUUCCUAUAGCUCCCACUACCAGCCUCCACUGCUUAGUUAUAUGUCUCCAUUGUAGAAAAAGAAGAAAGGAAAGAAGGGCAGUAAGAAGAAGAAGAAGAAAGAGAAGGAUCUGACAGCCGACAGAACCCUUGAGUCUCUGUAUGAAGAGCUGGUGCUGGAAGGCUUCUUGAUUAGACCCUUGAACAUCAAGCUCUCUGAGUACAUUGGUGAGUUCAGCUACCUGGGUACGACCCUGCGCCAGGCAGACAUUGAGCCCAUGCCCUCUCUGUCAGACGUCAGACAGCUCAUUGCCCUUUAUGGGAUCCUGCCUCUGGGUUCCCAGUCCGUCCAUCAGAAGGCUCCCCUGAUGAAGACUCUGCUGCUGGCUGGUCCUGGAGGCGUAGGGAAGAGGAUGCUGGUCCAUGCUCUGUGCACUGAGACCGGGGCCAACCUCUUCAACCUGUCCCCCAGAAACCUGGCUGGGAAGUACCCUGGCAGGAGCUGCCUCCAGUACCUACUGCACAUGGUCUUCAAGGUGGCUCGCCAGCUGCAGCCCUCUGUAAUAUGGAUCGGAGAUGCAGAGAAAACAUUUUAUAAGAAAGUCCCGAAGCUGGAGAAAGAGAUGGAGCCUAAGCGUCUGAAGAAGGACCUAGUAAAGGUGCUGAAGUCUCUGAAGCCUGAGGAUCGUGUUCUGGUCGUAGGGACGUCCCGGAGGCCCUUUGACGCAGACCUCAAGCCCUUCUGUAAAGUCUAUAGGAAGAUCAUCCUCAUCCCUAGACCUGACUAUGCCUCCAGACUGGUGCUGUGGAGGGAGCUGCUGCGUGGCGGCGGUGCUCGCCUCACCCCCAGCCUGGACCUCAGCUCCCUGGCCAAGGUGACAGACGGCUACACCCAGGGCCACAUCCUGCAGGCUGUGAGGCAGGUGCUGACCCCUCGCAGGCUGGCCCAGCAGACUACCAGACCACUGACCGCUGAAGAGUUCAUCCCUCCACUGGCCAGACAGGACCCCGUCUACAAAGAGGAGGAGGAGGCCUUUAAGAUGUGGUACGGCAGGACACCUUUGGGUAAGAAGAGGGCACGGGCGGCCAAGGCCAUCGAGGAGGAGGGAGAGUCGGGCAAGGACAAAGACAAGCGGGGCACUGGGAAGAAGACAGGGAAAGAAGAGAAAAGCAAGAAGAAAAAUAAGUAAAUGUCAGAGACAAGAGAUAGAUGUGGUCAACAUUGGGGAGGUCUACAGAUAGGAACUUUCAGGGGAUGUGAUUUACAUUCCUCCUACUUAGAUAUGAUGGACGAUACAUGUACUACCAGUCUAGGACUGUCAAUGUCAUGACAACAGUACAACGGUAACAGACGAUCAUGUUAUGAUCAUAAUGACAAAAGUAGCUGUUUAUCUUGCAUGAGACCAGAUAUAAAGUAUGUGAAAUAAA